ACACAGCGCCAGGAAUAUAUGUUUAGUGGACUGGCAGCGUCAAAUAAUUUUGCACAGCUUGCUUAAAGAACAGUUUUCACUAAGUGUUUAAAGAUUCAACACAACACUAACUAAUAUCUUCGUGUAGACCCUCCGCCAUGGUAGAGGAUGACGAUUUAACGCCAAAUCUUGUGUCCAAGCCGAUGAGCAGCAAUGGCGAGUUUGUGCCUCCUGACGGAUUGUGCUGGGUAUCAAUUCUGUCCUGUUUGCUGCUCGCCUGCUCCUAUGUUGGGAGUUUAUACGUAUGGAGAAGUGACCUGCCCAGGGACCACCCGGCCGUGAUAAAACGGCGCUUCACAAGUGUCCUGAUCGUAUCCGCUCUGUCGCCAGUCUUUGUAUGGGCAUGGAAGGAAUACACGGGCAUCAGUCCUGGCCCAUCAUUACUGGCCCUGAUGGGGGUCCGCUUUGAGGGUCUUCUCCCUGCCAUCGUGCUGCCUCUUCUGCUCACCAUGGUGCUGUUCCUUGGGCCUCUCAUCCAGCUGGUUAUGGACUGUCCCUGGGGCUUCAUGGAUGGGAUACGAGUGGUCUUGGACCCUUGUUUCUGGGCCCUGUGUCUGAGUGACAUGCGCUGGCUGAGGAACCAGGUGGUGGCUCCCCUCACGGAGGAGCUGGUGUUCCGAGCCUGCAUGCUGCCCAUGCUGGUGCCCUGCGCCGGCCCCUCCACCGCCAUCUUCACCUGCCCGCUCUUCUUCGGAGUGGCCCACUUUCAUCACGUGAUAGAGCUGCUACGCUUCAGGCAAGGAACUGUGUCUGGGAUCUUUCUGUCUGCUGCGUUCCAGUUCUCCUACACGGCCGUCUUUGGAGCCUAUACCGCCUUCAUCUUCAUCAGAACAGGUCACCUGGUGGGUCCCGUGCUGUGUCACUCCUUCUGUAACUACAUGGGCUUCCCCGCCCUGGGCACGGCCCUGGAGCACCAACACCGCCUCACCGUGCUCAGCUGCUACGUCUUAGGCGUCCUCUUCUUCCUCCUCCUCCUCUUCCCGAUGACCGACCCCCUCUUCUACGGCCUCCCCACCCCUGUCUGCACCCUGUCGGCCUCCUCGGGCUCCCCCUGCUCCUGAGCCAAACUUGAAAUUACGUGACAAGUCCUUUACAUGCAAUGGAAGGUUCCACCACAUUCACCUGGCCUGAAUGGAGGGGCGGUCCAAAUGGGAUUAGGAAUAGGGGGCGUCCUCUGGGGUUUGUGUUGUCAGGUUAGCUAUGGACAGUCAGGACUGCGCGAAUUCUAGCUGACUGCUGCUGUGUAGGUGUAUCAGGUGGCCAUGUCCCAUGUUCAGGUCACAUUGACCUCUUAGUAAGUCAACGUGUGGUCUUAGUGCUCAACAGGGGGUUAUAUUAUCAGGCCAAGGUGUUAGUGUAAACCCAUAGUCAAAUAAGUCCGUGUUUUAUAGAAAUGCUCCGUUAGAUGCUGAAACAACAAGUUAUUUAUAUCCAUCUGCAUGUUUCUAUACUCAUGGUGUUUUCUGGUGCAGUUAGGUGGAGGUUUCUAGGCCUGACGGGAUUCUUAUAGUGGGCAUGCAUACACUGUACAUAUCGAUGUUUAUUCUUUUACCUCUGGAUCAUUUCUCCUCCCCAGCAGCACAAUUCUCAUCUUUUUCAGUCGGUUCCGCAAGCUGGCCUCACAGCCUUGCUCACCGACCUGCAAUGCCAAGUGGUUGCUUAUGUCACAUUACUCGACUACGUUCUUAAGCUACCGUCAAGAGUUUCUCAUUCCUUUGAACUAUUCCAAAUAAUAUGCAGAUAGUGGCCUGUAAUCACAAACCCAACGUUACUGUUACCUGUUCACUGCGCCAUGCGUUCGGUUCAUGUUAUGCCCUGAGUAGUGUACCUUCUUGCAAGAAAGUGCAUUUGACACACAAGGCAGAGGGUGCUAUAUCAAAUCCAUGACCUACAGAUCCCCAUUCCGCAAUACUCCUUUUCGCUUUAGCUGCCUUUUGACGAGAGCUUUUGGAGGGGAAAUGUGAAAUGCGAAAGAAAGGGCCGCGCUGCCAGUUGAGCCCCUGUGAAUCCCUAACGCUCAGGUGCAGGUCCACACGCGCGUGGGGAGGACGCGCCGCAACCACUACUCUCGCAUGCUGCUACGCGACGCCGUACGGACGCCGCGAACGCGUUCGUCUCCGUCGCGUUCGGCGCUCGUGCGCGCGGCGUGCUGAACUCGGUGAGACGGCGUGGAGCGUACUGGCCGUGUUCCCAGUGUGCUCUCGCGGUCACAGAGAACUUCUGCUUGUCUGCCCGCUGAUCUCACUGGAUAGGACGUUUCGUCUCGUUUAGGGCAGACUUGCUAUAGAGGAUUUGUUAUUUAUUUGGUUAAUGAGUUGGAGUCCGUUGCACCCAGUGUUGCAGGGUAAAUGGAUCAUUUGUAGUUGUGCUUCACAUGUGAGAUCUUCAGUUUUAACACAACCCAUGUCAGGGAAAGAUGACAGAUCUUUUUUUGCUUAAGAACAUAUGAACUAGAACUUGUAAAAAUAGCUAUUGACCAGAAGUGAAGUGUAGGUUGAAACUAGAUUGGUUGACUCUCACUGAAUGUAUGUGAAUGUGAUGUCAAAGUAGGUUGAGUCAUUGCUUGAACAGUAUGCAAAUGUUUAACGGUUUUGUUACUUUGAGUUAUCAUCAUGAAUUCUCACUGUUUGCCAGUGUCCAUAUAUGUCUAUUUUGAAGGAGGGACAAUGACAUCUUUAGCAAUAACUUUACUGAUGGAAAUGGACCAAAUCAGGGAAUUUCUUCAGUGCAGAGCUGAAAUUUAGAGAGAAAACAAUGCCCAUUGUUGUGAGGAAUGGACGUGUUUAUUGCCAAGAGUUGGCAAAAGUAGAAGUGCUGUGCCAGUAUUUCAAAUGUUUAGUUAAAUUAUAUGUAAUAGGUAUAGUAUUUGUCCCUUUUUGGGGGGAAUUUCAAGAAUGACAUCUUACUGAGACAGUACUGUACCUAUCUCAAAAGUAUGAUAGGGGGCGCCAAAGUACUUUAGCUGGAGAGUGUUUUAACAUUGAGCAUUCAGGAGCUCAUCAGUCAGUUUAUUAGUUUCCUGACAUUGGCCAUUCAUCACUUUGAAACCAAUCAACGUUUCCUCGUCUUUUCUCCCUCGUUUGACUAGAUUACGUCCCAUCCCGAUACAAAAGAUGGAUGUUAACCCAGCAAACAUUCAAUCCUCCACAAUUUCAGUCUCUUGAGUGUUCUCUCUGAAGAUCCUGAUUAGCCUUCCAUCAGUGUAACCCACAUCUUCUGUUCGUCCAACUGUUUCCUGCCACUCGCGUUGACUCCUGGGUGCCAUUUUAGGUGGAGCCAUCAGCUGCUGUGGGUGUGCACCUUUCUGCUGAAGGAGGAGAGAUUACAAACACUCUUUCUCCUCCAUCACUACCUGUCUGGUGUCUUACAGCUCAUCACCCUUGUAGUUGAGCAGUGUGGAUUUGUUAGGGCGGUGCAAACCCAUCGACAGUUGUUGAAUAUGAACAAUCCCCCUCAUAAUUCUGUCCCCUCCUGGAGACACCACCGAUUUAUCUGGAAAGAACUCUUCUUCAAACUUGUCACCGUAGCUUGACGUCUUGUUUCUGGCUCACUUCCUACUGUUAUUGUCCUGUCAUUGACUUGAAAUGCGAAAAGGCUGCUAUGCUACGUUUGCAGAGCAUUUCAGAAGAGAACCCAAGUUGCUUCUGCUGAAAAGAGAAACACUUUUCUGUCCUCCAAAACGUUCAAGCCAAACAUUCACAUCUGUUAAGCUCUCAUGUAGAUCUAUACUACACUUGUAUUUGAAAGUGAAAAAUACAAUGGUAGAGUAACAAAAAAUAUAUUUAUAUUUUUGCUAGCCAUAUGACCAGCAGCAUUGUUCUGCUAUUUUAGUAAAACCACUCUAAAGGAGAAAAAUAUUUAAAUUGUAGAUUUUCGAGAUGAGAUGAAUCUGCUUGUUAAAUAGGAUUAUGCAGAUGUUUAUAUCGAAUACUAUAUUUUGUAAUCAAAUCUAUUUUGGUUACAUUGAAUGUAAAAAUAUUGCAUGCACGUGUUUUGUCUCUGCUACAUCUUGUGCAAUGCAACUUUUUGGAGAUUUACCAACUGAACAGACAGUGUUUUUAUGACAAUCUUUUACAGGAUUCUUUGAAUCACAUCACAAAAUGUCAUGAAUUUGUAAAUAAACGAGAAAGUUUUAUGAAUUGGCA